AUGGAAGAAAUUGUUAAUCGGUUAGGUGUUAUGGAUUCAAUGCUAAAACGAACAGAUAAUUGUAGUAUUAUUAAAAAUGUACUGCCCGUAGACAAUCAUAUUUUAAAAGUUAUUACUCAUAUUCUCAGUGAUGCUGAAAAUCUUCCAAAUGACGAUAUUUUAAAGUUUCUAUUACAUCCAGGCUUUGAUCUAGUUCACUAUUUAGUCUGGCGUCUCUUCUAUCGAUGGUAUAAAGAAAGAAGUCAUAGAUUAUCAGAUGUUGAAACUAAUUAUCUCAAACAAACUAUUGUAUUUAAUAUGAAACUUGUAGUUCUUGUCAAUGAAGAAGCAGCUGCUACUGACGUUGAACGUUUAAGAAACUUAUUGUUGAACGAAAAAUAUUUUAACGUAUUAUUUUCAAUGUUAAAUAAAGUAAAUAAAUCAGAUCGUUUCCAUUUUGAUAGUGUUCUAUUAAUUAUUGGUCAGUGGAUUGAACUUGUCUCUCAUUUUGAACAUGAACAUCCAGAACAUGCGCAUAGUGAAUGUUUGAUGGGAUUAAAUACGAAAAUUAAAGAGCUUAUGUUUGGUUCAUGGUAUCAAACGUAUAUUGGAGAAAUGAUUAUGUAUAAUGGUUCAAGUUUUAUAUGGAAACCAGCUUAUGAAUUUUUUAUAGGAACAUGUUCAUUUUCAGUGUCAGUUCAUACACGUAGUUUUCAUGGUUUUGACACAAAACCGCUACUUGAACACUUUUAUUCACUCUAUUACAGUUCAUUAAUAACUGUGUAUUCAAAGCAUGUUAAUCAAUGGUCAAAUGAAAUAGUGCAUUGUCUAAUGAGUAUAAUAAGUUUUAUAACACAUUGUUGUUUUGAUAUUAGAUCAAUUGAAGUAUUUAAAAAUGAUAAGCAAUUAUUUCACUCUCUUGUCAGUAUAAUUAGCGAAAAAAAAUUACAAGAAUCAAUAAUUUCAACAUGGACAAAUAAUGAAACAAUAUUAAUUGAUUCAAUUGCUGUUCUAUUUAGUAUCUGUUGUGAUGAUAGUGACAUAUUACGUUUCUUUACUAAUGAUAUACCAUUUAUUGCACAACGAAUAUAUUCAUUAACUGAAGUUAAAUAUGAUCGUACAAGAUUAACAGCAUAUUUAAUAUUAGCCUACGUAUCUACUGAAGAUGAUUUAUUAAAAUUGAAACUGAGUGAUACAACAGUGCACACAUUUUUUCGUUUAUUAGAAGCAGAAUUUUAUGGUUCAAGACAUUCAUUUAUGUGUGUGCCAAUAGAAAUAUUUUUAAAAGGUUUAUUAGCAUUUUCAAUACAUGACGUUGUUCAAGUUGAAAUAGCUAAAUCAAAUAAAAUUCCUUUAUUAAUCGACUUAGCCAAAUUUCAUCCAUUAGCCUAUGACAUAUUAUGGACAUUAUCAUUUCAUGUAUUAAUACAACAACAAUUGGAAAAUAAUAAAGAAUUCAUUGAAACAUUGAUCAGUUUGCAAGAAACAAAGGAUGAACAAGCAAAUGUAAAAGCAGCAUCAGAUAUAUACUUCUUUGAAUUAUGA